AUGCAUGACCGAGCGCCUUCAGCCACUAAAUUCGCUACUAUGACAAGAUCUCACGUCACAGUUGUUGGCUCACUCAACGUUGACCUAUCUGUAUUCACGAGUAUUAUUCCAAAGCUAGGAGAGACAGUAACUGGUUCGAGUUUUCUUCUUGGUUACGGGGGUAAAGGGGCGAAUCAGUGUGUGGCUUCAAGAGUACUGGGAUGCAACACUGCACUAAUAGGAAAAGUUGGAGAUGACUACUUUGGUGAAAUGUUUGUUCAGCACUUAAAACAACUUGGAGUGAACACUGACGGUAUAUCAAGAACAUCAAUGGAUAGUACUGGAGUUGCAUCGAUUACAGUUGAAACAAGAACAGGUGGAAAUCAAAUUAUCAUCGUCCCAGGUGCAAAUAUGCUUGUAUCAGAAAAAGACAUUUCUCUUGCAGAGAAACUAACUCUCUUGGAUACAAAAGUAAUGGUUUGUCAGUUUGAAAUCAAUCCAACAGCAACACUCUAUAGUUUGAGGCUUGGCCGUGCUAAAGGUGUAAAGACAAUUUUGAAUCCUGCACCUGGACCAGUGGCUUCUGGAAAUCCUGAGAAGUUGGGGAAUUACGAAUUAAUGGAAGAUAUUUUGUCAAACUGUGAUUUCGUAUGCCCAAAUGAGUCUGAAUUUUGUUCUAUAACUGAGUCUGAUUCUGAAUCACUUUUUUCCAAAGAUGAGAUUGGCUCACUGAAUAUAGAUGCUUUUAUUCCUGGUCUUACCUAUUUGCUUAAAAAGAAGAUCAAAUACCCCAUAGUAACUCUAGGAAGUAAAGGAGUUAUUGCAAUUUUGUCUGAACAAGAUAUGGAAAAUAUAUAUGCCAAAGACGCUAGCGAAGUGGCUCAUAUUACUUUUGAUAACCAAAAGAAGUUGGUAGUGCACUUCUCAGCACCAAGUAAAAUUGAUGUAGUUGAUACAACAGGAGCAGGAGACUGUUUUGUUGGCUCACUAGCUUACUUCGUCGCAUGUCACGAGGACAUUACUCUAGCUGAACAAAUAAGACGAUCGGUUUGGGUUGCCAGCCAGUCAAUCCGUAAAAAAGGUACACAAUCUAGUUACCUGAAACGUGAUGAACUUCCCGAUACACUCUUUGCAUUAGAAACAUUUCAGUGGCCAUAG